GAAUCUAAAGAUUGACUAGAAGUCAUAAGAGAAGAGCUUUCAACGUAAAAGACGAAACAUCUUAGUAAAUCCUUCCAUUCAAGCUUGAAUAGUUGUAUCUGAUCCUUUUAAAUUGUAGUGAGAAAUUCCAUUUGGGUUUGCUUGUAGCGCUGAACAUUCCUUUCCUUCUGGGUCUCCGCGGACCAUUUCAGAUCUCGAUAUUUUAAGGAAGAUUGAUUGAGGUUCUGAACACUUGAAACCAAUCCAAGUAAUAUUUCUGAUGAUUCUGAGAUCUUGUGAUCAUUAGGAACGAGUUGGUGUCUUUAGACUCUGUUUCUCUUUAUUUAUUUUGCUCUGUAAGGUGAGAUGGGUUCUAUUCAGAAUAUGGUGUUCUAUUGCUGUGUUGCCAAGGGAAAUCGAAUCCUCUAUGCGUACAGCUGUGGUGACCCUGAGAUUGACAAAUUGGCAGUUUUGUGCUUGGAAAAGGCUCCUGCCUUCCACACCUGGUAUUUUCAGAGUGUUAGGAAAAAGACUUAUGGGUUCCUAAUGGAGGAUGGGUAUGUAUACUUCUCUAUUGUGGAUGAGAGUCUCGGAAAUCCUGGGACCCUUCAGUUUCUGAAACAUGUAAGAGACGAGUUUAAGAAGGCUGCAAAGAGCAGUUCAAGGGGCAGUAUUUCAGGUUCGAAUUCAGUUCGUCUUCAAGAACAAUUGGUGCCAGUUAUCCGCCAUUUGAUAAACUCAUUGGGGAAAGUCUCGAAACCCCAAUCUGAUGGUGGAGGGAUGCCUGAGAUUCCAUCAUCACAACAUCCAGGGCCUUCACCAUCGCCAGAAAGUGGUCAAACUGAAGUUGCCACAUCUACUAAGGCUCCAUUGCUGGGGAAGUUUAGCAAGCAAGAGAAGAAGAAAAUGAAGGAUCGUGUUAUUGAGGUUAGAGACAAUACCUCUGAGGAGCACCGUAAAUCUACGGAUCGGGAAAUGAAGGAUUAUGCGUCAACCAUUGAAUCUGAUAACCAUGGUGUGGUGGUAUCUUCAAUGUCAGUACAGAAGGGUUCAAGCUCAACAGAUCUACAGCAUGCUCGAGAUAGGUGGCGGCGCCAAGUCUGGAUUGUCAUUGGUCUUGAUGUACUUGUGUGUUUAAUUUUAUUUGCACUUUGGUUAGGGAUUUGUGGUGGCUUUCAAUGCAUUUCUGGUUAGGCAUUCCCUCUCUCUGUGUCAACCUUGAGUUCAAACUGAAUCCCUAUCCUGAAUCGCAGUCUUAAUGCAUCUGUCACAUAGCAUCACACUCUUACAUGUGAAUAUCUGCAAAAUUUUGGGCUGGCUUCUCAGAGAAUUGAACCAUCGAGUAUACUGAUAGAAUUUCAAAUGAAGGGGACGUUUACUUCAAGGUAUGCUUGACAUCUUAUAUGGGGUAGCAUCAUUCCUUGAUAUUUCUUUGUACAGAGGUUACAUAGCCUUUAUUAAAUGUAUAUCUUUGUUGUGGCUAUGUCCUUUGAGUCAAAUUAUGAUCUCUGGGUUGGGCUGUUCUUUGGUCGCUUGUUAUACCAACACUAGGUUCUGCAAUCUUCAAAUUACAUUUUUGUUUUUAUUCAAGCAUACCUGGUGGGUAAAUAUGAAUGAAUUCUAGUGCCUUUUGCA